AUGGACAAUCUCAUCGGAAUUCAUGCAAUUGGGCCUAUAACCGACAGAAAUAGACAGCAAGUCGCGGUGAGAAGGCGCACACGGCGACAAGAAGUAAUCGACAAUCGAGAGCCGGGUCCGAAAUGUUUACAUUGCGACAAAACGAUCCAAUUGGCCAUCUCGAAAGGACCAGCGAAAGUUCGGCACUUGAUGCAACACGCGCGAUGGGCUCUCAACAUUUUCCCAUUCUCGUGUUCAGUUUGUGGUUUUGCGAACAAGUCUCCUACACCGAUCAAAGCUCAUAUCAAAAAGGAGCACAACGAUGUCGGGGCAAUCAUCGAUAAGACACUUGAUGAACCGUACCUCGCGAUGACGAUCGAAAUGACGAAGAAAUAUUUCCCGGAUUUCAUUCCGAUGAUUGAUCGAUAUCAUGAAAUUUGCGUGAACAAUAGGACUUCUGGAUUCAAGAGAAGCUCUAUUAUUCAACCGAAAAGGCAAACAAAUCAAACGUUGAGUGCUCCAGAAGUUUCCUCAUCGAGAAGUCAGUCUCAAUUCGAUGAAUGGUCGGAUUUCGAUUUCUCUGGAAUUGGAUCAUUGAACGGGUUUGAGACAACCAAUGAGGAAUUGUUUCAAGAGCCGAUGCCCAGCGAUGUGUCGGAUUUCCCGACCACUUCGUCCGCAUUUGCCGUCGAGGACUCGGAUUUGCCCGCUGGCGCUCCAGAACUUCUACAAUCGAUUCUUGGUGUAACCAGGGAACAAAGUGAUAUGAACAUCACAAAAGUUGACCCAAUUCUAAUGCCUCAACCCGACGUUCAAAUGAUAACGAGCUCCAGUUAUGAGGCAAAGACUUUCAAGCUGCCCAUUCAAGCUUCACAAUCGCCUCGCGAUUCGCAAAAAGACGAGAUCGUCAUGUUAAAGCAGGAAAUCGAAAGGAUGAGACGGGAAAAUCUUCGGGUUUCUCUUCUCCUCGGCCAAUCGCAAGCAAAGAAAUCUCUUUAUAAAACUGAAAAUAAAGCUUUGAAGAAUGAAUUAGCAGCUCUUCGAAAAGAAAUGGCUCGAGUCGUUCAAAUUGAU